GUCACCUAUUGCCACCCACUGCCAUGUCACUGCUGGCACUGAAGACCAAGAACCUGUCAUGGCAGGACCACACGCUGAACAUCGAGGUGAUGUUGGCCCCCCAGGGAUCCACCCUCCUGCUCAACAAACACAAGUCCCUGGACACCAAGCUCCAGCGGGAGAAGGCGGGGUACGAGCGACAGAUGGACGCCUUCGUCAACAACUACCUCGCCGAGAAAAGGCUGAUCGAAAGGCAGCGCGCUAAACUCAUGCACCGACGACGGGAGUUGACCGGGGAAAAAUCGGAAAUACCCGAAGACGAUUUCAACAAAAUUAAGAUCGUCGACGAAGCAGCAAAUAGCGUGGUAUUGGAUGACGAAUGCAGUCUGUGUAAGAACGACUCUGCGGGAAAAUCCGAUUCGGUGUUUUUCCUACCCCCGCAUCCACCGAAGCUGCCUCUAAAACACGUUCCACUUUUUGACGCGCCUGUCCCAGUUUUAAAACCCGGGUUGGAAAAAAUGAAACCUGCGUCGCCAUUCAAAUCACACUCGGCUUCAGCCGCGAGAUCUGCACCAGUAAACCCUCAGCCCCCUAAAACCGAUGCUGGUACUGGUGUUUUUAUAACGAGUGUGCUGGAUCGUAGUUCAAGUGCAAGUUCACACACACUCAGACGAAGAUUCCAAGCUAAAAAUAAUCUCAACUCCACGAAAAGCGCCCACAAAAAUCGUAACGUCAGCUUCUCAGACGCCCGCACACCAGCCGAGACCGAAACCCAAGACUCGCCGAUUUUUGUUCAAAUUAAAGAGAAAACAAUCGAAGAUAAAGUUCGCGAGUUUCUUCACAGUCUAGAAGACUCGGGACCUCAGGCUGGCGCUUCAGGCAGAACCGUGGUUGAUCUUGACCUCUUGAUAAAACGAAAAUCAGCCAAAACUCAACCCCUGGUUGCGGCUAAAUACCGAACCUUGACCCUGGACAGAACACAGCUGGUGAAAGCUUUCGACAAGUACGUGGAGCGGAAGUCGUAUGAUGACCUACUUAAGGCCAUGAAGAUGGCCACCAAGAUGAAGGCCCACAUCCGGCAGGCCAGGAGCACCAGUCUGGUGCCAACAAUGGCGGUCUUCAAAAGCACGAAGACGUUCAUGCAGAUCCUCAAGCGUAAGCAGAGAAUUGACAAGGACGCCUCCAAAGUAUAGAAAUAUAAACGUAACUACAGCAACUCCAUAAAUAGAAACAUAAGUACAGCAUUUCCAUAAAAUAGAGACAAUAACGACAGCACCGAGUAAAGAAAUAUAAAUAAGUAUGCCUAAGUCUUCAAAUGUAAAAAUGAAAAAAAAAAUAUUGAUACAAAAAUAAAGACAACAACAUUAUUUUUUUAACUAGAUUUAAACACUACAGCCUUCAAUAUCUAAAG